UUACACAUAUUUUAACAGUAAUGUUUAAGAGAAAGUAAAUACAUGGUUGCAGUUGCUUGUAUUUUUACUUAUUAGUUAAAUGUAAGAAUACGGCAUUUCCGCCGUGUGCAAAUCAUACACCGAUCACGACCGGUCUAUUGUACCUGCUAGUAAGCACAUUUUUGCUAAACACAAUGAGUAGUAAAAGCAAGAAAAAAACCAGUAAAUUCUCCUUUUAUGAGUUGGAUAUACUUCUCACAGGAGUGACAAAUUAUUAUCAUAAACUUUUCGGAAAAGGCAAGUCAGACACGACUUCCACAGAACGAUCUGCAUUCUGGACAGAAAUUACACAUAAAGUGAAUUCUGUGUCAAACGUUAGGCGAAGCAGAAAACAAGUAAGACACCGAUGGGAUGACCUGAAAAGGGUUCUUGCUAGGAGAAUAGUCAAGCAGGGUACGCUCCCGGGUGUUAAUGCCGUCUUUGAAGAACUGAAGAAAACUAAAAGGAAUAAUGAUCGCAGAUUAAACAAGACCUAUGCGAGUUAUGAUGUUAGCUGUGCUGUGGAAGAAUACCCGUAUCCUGCUGGUAAUACAACAACAGCCGUUCCACAUUAUGACAUAGAAUGGGAGAACAGAAGCGAAUCGGAAUCGGAUGAAACCCUGGAAGGAGUCCAGAAAAGAAGAACUUGUAAAUUCUCUGAUUUUGAGUUAGAUACACUUGUGACAGAAGUAUCAAACAAUUACAAAGCACUCUUUGGAGAGGAAAGAUCAGUUACGUGCUUAAGCGAAAGGACAAGAAUCUGGAGUCAAAUAACAGAUAAAGUCAAUUCUGUGUCUGCCAUCAGACGAAGUGAAAAACAAGUAAAACACAGAUGGGAUGACCUCAAAAGGCGGUCUGCCUGUCUGUUAAAUCUGAAGACGAACCCAAAAGUUAAAACAGCUAAUGUGGAGAUGAACAUUAUUGAAAGAAGAGUUGUAGCCAUUGUGUAUCCUGAGUGCCUCCCUGUUCUUGACGAAUCUGCAGAGUCAAACACACAAAAGGAAUUUGCAGAAGAGAUGGGAGGGUUUGAAUCUGAACGGAUACACCCUAAAAAGGAGCCUGCAGAAGUGUUUGUAGAAAUUCCAGCUGAUGAUGAGCCAGAUAAAGUUGAAGAAAGUCACACUGGACCAAUUAUAAUUGUCCAGCCCCACGAAUCUUCUCUUUUGGAGGAUUUUACUCCAAUGAUUGUGGGCCCUCCCUUUUCAUUGGCACCCUGUUCGCUUUCACAGGAUCAGCACAUGGAACAGGGACACCCUCCGCUGCUGGAUGAAGCUUUGCAGGAUGAGAAAGAAGCACACCAUUGUGUAUAUUCUGGUGAAACUAAUGGGACUGUUAUUAGCCAUGUAAGUGAAGGGAGCCAGGUUACCAAUACAGGUUUAUCCGAGCUUUGUAACCAGGUUGCUCUACUGGCAAAUCAGAUAGGUCGACUGACAAACCAGGUUGGUGAGCUUGCACGAAUUAUGAUGCAGAGGAACAGUAAUGAGCAGUUUCAAAUGGAACAGGUGACUGUUAAUCAAAACAUUUCAGCCACGCUAAGUCUCCUCACCAAGGUCAUUGCUUCUGGGGCUUUCUCAACAGCCUGUACAGUUUCUGAUAGCAGUACACAGACUGUUUCCCCUGUUGUAACAGUAUAUAAGGACCCAGAGUUCCGGACAUCACCAACAGUAGAAUAA